AUGACGCACCGAGGACAGCCAAAAGGGCAAACGGGGCUGAGACUUUGCACGGGAGCCGGACCCGACGGGUGGGCCAGGCGCCCUUGGCCAAAGCGCCUGCUGACCACCCACUUCCUCCACAGGUGGAACGUGCUGGGGCUCCAGGGCGCGCUCCUCUCCCACUUCAUUGAGCCCGUGUACCUGCAGAGCGUCGUGGUGGGCAGCCUGCGCCACACAGGCCACCUCGCCCGCGUCCUGAGCCACAGGAUGGAGGACGUCGGCCAGCUGCCUACCUCCUACCGGCACAACCGGCCUCUGCUCGGCGGAGUGAGCAGCCCCGAGGCACGCCGGCCGGGCAAGUCUCCCCCAUUCAGCGUGAACUGGGUGGUGGGCAGCGUGGACCUGGAGGUCACCAACGCCACCACGGGGCGCAGGAGCUGCGGGGGCUCGUCCAGGCUCUGCAAACACAUGUUCUCUGCACGGUGGGCGCGGCUGCACAGCCGGCUGAGCCCACGGACGCCGCGCCUCGGAGACACGCCGGCCACGUACUGUGAGGCCAAGCUGGGCGCGCACACCUACCAGGCGGUCAAACAGCAGCUGUUCAAGGCUUUUCAGAAGGCCGGCCUGGGCACCUGGGUGCGCAAGCCCCCGGAGCAGGACCAGUUUCUACUGACUCUCUGAGGCACCGGACUCCUUGCUGUUCAGCCGAGCGAGCCCCGGCCAGGACGGGGCCGCGUCUGGGGGCGCCGGGGCGUGUCGAUCGCUCCCUGCACCUGUUUUCCCUUGGUGUCCCAGAAACACACGUGUGUCCGGCGUCUGGGUGAGCAGCUGGACUGGGUCUCAGAGCACACUGCUCUCCCCGGGUUGACGCGUCCCAGAGCCCCGUCCGCCAGACCUGGGGCACAAGUGCUGUCCGCGAGCCGUCUCCCCUGGGGGCGUCCAGGGCAGAGUCUCCUUCCAGGACAAGCGGGCUUAGCCGCGGUCUCAGAACAUGGCGCCGAAGCGUUGCCAGGUGGGAGUCAGCCCCAGGCCCCCCCCGCGGUCCCUCCCCGCCACGCACCUCUAGCAAUGCGUCUGCGUCUCACCUGCCCAAGGUGUGCGACUCUCGAAGUCAAGCCACAAUUGAAGCGAAAAGCCAUGACCCCCCCCACAAAGAAACCAGUAAGAAUGCUCUGUCGUUUCAUUACUCACUUAGAUAGCUCACGCCACCUCCUUUCAGAAAGGCUUUAAGAUGCACGAUAAGAAAGAAUGCCCACGAUGGAACCAGGGAGACAAAAACCCUUCCAGAGGAAGACCAGCCACGCAAAGCACCCGGGGGAAGGUCUGUGUGCAGGGAGCCGUCGCCCAGCGCCCCGGGGUCGUGAGCUGACCCACCUGCUGAGCCACUCACAGGGCUCGAUCUCCUUGGUGGAGAGCGACACCGCUGAGGUCAGAGCGGUGUAAGGGCUAGCCACCCCCUUGCACCCUCCCUCCCAGGUAGCAAGGAGCCCGAGUCUUUGACCAAAUUCUGACUCUGUCGCCAAAUCUUUAUGAGAAAGCAAGCCUACACACACACACACACACACACACACA